AUGUAUUCUUGCAUCGCCUUUUCUUUACUUUCCUUCUCUCUCGAAUCACCGUUCAUUAACUUGUUUUCUCUACUUUCUUAUCUUUGUUCUUUACCGCUGACAUUUCAUUACCUUCUAUCUUUAUCUCUCACGUUUUUUACCUUUUCUAAUACCUCUCACAUUUCCUUAUCAUUCUCCUCAACCUCUCACAUUUCCUUACCUUCCUCAUCCACCGCUAACUUUUUCUUUUCUUUCUAUUUUUACCACAGAUUACAGUUCCUUAUCUUCCUCCUCUCUCACAUUUCCUUAUCCUCCUUCUCUGCCUCUCACAUUUCUUUCUCUUCCUUCUCUACCUCUCACAUUUCCUUAUCUUCCUCCUCUCUUACAUUUCCUUAUCCUCCUUCUCUACCUCUCACAUAUCUUUCUCUUCCUUCUCUACCUCUUACAUUUCCUUAUCCUCCUUCUCUACCUCUCACAUAUCUUUCUCUUCCUUCUCUACCUCUCACAUUUCCUUAUUUUCUUCCUCCACUUCUCCCAUUUUCCUAUCUUCUUUGCCUCUCACAUUGUAAUCUUCUUUCUCCACAGGUCACAUUUCCUUAUCUUCCUCCUCUCUCACAUUUCCUUAUCCUCCUUCUCUGCCUCUCACAUUUCUUUCUCUUCCUUCUCUACCUCUCACAUUUCCUUAUCUUCCUCCUCUCUUACAUUUCCUUACCCUCCUUCUCUACCUCUCACAUAUCUUUCUCUCCCUUCUCUACCUCUCACGUUUUCCUAUCUUCUUUGCCUCUCACAUUAUUUCCUUAUUCUCCUUAUCAACCUCUCACAUUUCCUUAUCCUCCUUGUCUACCUCUCACAUUUCCUUAUCCUCCUACUCUACCUCUCACAUUUCCUUACCCUCUUUCUAGAACUCUCACAUUUCCUUAUCCUCCUACUCUACCUCUCACAUUCCCUUAUCCUCCUUAUCAACCUCUCAUAUUACCUUACCUUCCGUCUUUACGUUUUUUACCUUCCUUCUCUACUUCUAACAUAUUCUUACUUUCCGACUUUAUCUCUCACAUUUGCUUAUCUUCCUUCUCUCCUCUCACAGCUUUACUUAUGACAAAUACACACCCGGAGAGUCAACAUCCGAAUGCGUGA